GGUUUUUCAAAGACAUUUAUUACAAUCAAAUAGGGUCUCUCUCUCUUUUUCUUUGCAGGUUGAAAGGAGAUGGAGAAGGAAUCGAAAAGGCUGGUGAAUUGUGCAACUUUAGCUACCUGUUUGGUGUUAAUUGUUCUGGUUUAUUCUACACUUUUUCAAUCUAAUGACACCAUAAACUUGGCUGACUUGAAACUCCAUGGAAAUGAAGGGGGAUACAGAUUAUCAGAUUCAAGGAUCAUUGCUGAUGCAGUUGAUCCUAAAGAAUUUCUGCUAAGAAGGCUUGUUAGAGGAGAUGAUCGAGUUCAGUUCGAGUCCAGUGGAUUUUCAUGCCACACUGAUGUUCAUUCAGAGGUAUUCAUAGCAAAUAAACCAGUAAGGAUCUUCAACAAAGGGUUGACAGUUUAUGUGCCAUAUGAUCAUCAACCACAAGUCACGAGAACUGUUAAGCCAUAUGCAAGGAAAGAAGACGAAACUGCCAUGAAACUAGUCUCGCCGGUUCAGAUUGUUCAUGGGAACAGCACAAGUAAUCCGCCACCAGGCUGCAAUAACACCCACAAUGUCACAGCUGUUGUCUUCUCUUCAAAAGGCUUCACAGGAAAUGUUUUUCAUGAGUUCAAUGAGAUUAUCAUCCCUUUGUUCAUUACAACUCGCCAUUUUCGGUCCCGACUAAAGUUUGUAAUCACAGAUUACCAGCUUCAGUGGGCACAAAAGUACAACAGGGUUCUGUCUCACUUGUCUGGUUACGAUGUUAUAAAUCCUGAUGAUGGGAGUGUUCAUUGUUUUCCAGGGGCUGUCAUAGGGCUUAAAUACCAUAACAAUCUAGCCCUCAACAUUACUGAUAUUCCAGGAGGUUAUUCCAUGUUUGAUUUCAAGCACUUCUUGAAAGAAUCAUACAAUCUGAAAAUAGACCAUGUGUCCGGGAUUAAAAAACCGGUGCUGAUGCUUAUAUCGCGAAGCAAAACAAGGCGGUUUCUGAAUGAAGAAGAAAUGAUGGAGAUGAUGGAGGAGCUAGGCUUUCAAGUCACAAGGGCAGAACCUGAGAGGAUGUCGAACUUGGACGAGUUCGCUGAGGUGGUGAACUCAUGUAGUGUCAUGGUUGGAGCCCAUGGUGCCGGUCUAACAAAUGAGAUAUUUUUGCCCACAGGUGCAGUGAUGGUUCAAGUGGUGCCAUUGACACUUGAAUGGGCGGCAACCAAAUACUUUGGUGAACCGGCAAAGGCAAUGGGGCUUCAAUACUUGGAAUACAAGAUCGAACCAGAGGAAAGUUCGUUGUUCGACACUUACGGAAAAGAUCACCCUGUGAUUAGUGAUCCAGAAUCAGUGAUCUCUAAGGGAUACUAUGCACACAGGUCUGUGUAUGUAGAUGGCCAAGAUCUAAAGAUCAAUUUAGAGAGAUUUAAGAAGACCCUUAUUAAAGCUAAGCAAAUUCUUGAAACCUCAACUCCCCAUAAAUAGAAGAAUGCAAAAUUAAUCAGCCUCAAGAUACAGCAAGAGAUUCAGUUUAUAUAAUUCAUUUCCU